UAAUUUUUUAGGGAAAAUAUGUUUUAUUAUUUUGAACUAGGGACUUGGGGAGUAAUUUAUUUUUAAAAUAAGCUCCUUUGGCCCCUUGAAAAACCCAGGACAGGCUGUGACAAUGUCUCUAUCCAGUUUCCAUGCUUCUCACAUCACUCGUCUUCUUUUAUUGCCGUUUUUGGGUUUCUCUCCGCCGUUUGUUGACUGCUUCUCUGCAUAGGAAACAAUUAAUUGCAGAAUCUCCAAUGGGCUCGGAUGCGUCAAAUGUUGGAAACAUCACUGGACCAGAUUACUUCAGCUUCUAUAAAUGUGAGAUAGCAGAAUUACUAUCUCAAGAUGAAGAUUUUCUGCCUUCAUCACUUCAAACUUCUGUCUCUUCUGAUAAUCUCAAUGGAAACAUGGCUACUGCAAAAAAGUGCAACACUGCAAGUUCUUCAUCCUUAUUUUCUGAUUGCAUUGGACCUGAAGUCUCUGAGACAAAAAUUGAAAAGUUGAAAUCUUUGCUUCGCCAAAGUGUUUUUUCCCUUUCACAGGAUGUUGAUGAGAUGGUUGAUCCUGUUUUAAAAUUGUGUGAGUUAAAGUCGGUUCUUCUGGGCUUCUCAGAUAGCCUUCGAAGUAUUUCUGCUGUUGAUGCACCUGGAGCUGAUCAAGGGAAUCCUUGUAAGAAGCUCAAACCAUCUACUCUGUCUUCGCCCGCUUCCGCUUCAGAAAGUCAAGGCUCUCAGGAGAGAUCUGAUCCAGAGCCAUUCAACAAUUCCUGCAGAUUUAAACGUAAAAAGGGGAGAGAGGCUUUGUUGACGAAUGAGAAAAGUAAUGAUUGCCUUUCAGAUGCUAGUGUUGGAGCUGCUAAAGAAGAUGGAGUUGAUGAUCAUUUAUUUCUCCUCCAGAGUGAGAGGUCAAUUGUAGAGGAAGGACUUAAGAGGGAAUCAGAUGAUUUGUUAGCUAUGCUUAGCCACAUGGAGCAGGAACUAGAAGAACUACUUGAUGCUGUGACGUCGAAGUGCAGGUUAAUGACCCUUCUAGAGAAACAACAGCUGCAAAGGAUGAUUAAAAAUCUACCACCAAGAAAUCUUGAUGGUGUCCUGAAGAUCAUCCAGUGUCAUAGGCAAUCUGAUACAUUUUGUAGCAAUCAGAUACAUAUUGAUUUAGAAAAAGAGGACAAUAUAACACUAUGGCGAUUGUAUUUUUAUGUUGAAGCUGUUGAAAAUGCCAAGAAGCUCUGUAGCGCUCGAUAACCAUCAUGGUCAAAAAAGUCGAGAAGAAACAAGUGCUACUGGUCCGAUGCUGCUGCUUUAUCUCCCAGAUCACCAAGGUUCACAAAUUUCGAAGGUUGUCUAAUCCCCUAGGCAGGCUUUUUCUUGGGUCUUCAAUGUCCUUGUGACCAUAUUUCUUGCAACUGUAGUGUGUUUUCUAAUUUAUUUAGAUCCGUUGCUGAAAGUAUUCAGUAGGAAUAUACCUGGUCUUGGAAGUUGAGACCAGAUUGCGACCAGUUAGUUUUUGACCAAAUCUUUUCUACGUUUCCAAAACCAGUACCAGUCCAAAUCCAACCCUGUUCCUCUUAAAUAGGACUUGAUUCUUGAUAUUUGUUUUUUAGGGACUUUAGUUGGGGAUAUCUUUUGAUGUCACUCCCGCUAUCACAAACAAACAAACCAUUUUUGCUUGUUCUAUGCAAAUAGUAAAAUUUCUUUACUGGA